UAAAUCUACCAUCCACCACAACAAAAAACCAAUAAAAAAAAUUACAAGUACCAAAACAAGUUACUUUUUUUACUAAGCAAAAAAAAUGGUGCAACCCCAUGUCAUUAUAACAACAUUUCCAGCACAAGGUCAUAUUAACCCAGCACUACAAUUUGCCAAGAAUCUUGUCAAGAUGGGCAUACAAGUGACAUUUUCUACAAGUAUUUAUGCACAAAGACUUAUGGAUGAAAAAUCCAUUAAUAAUGUUAAUUUUCCAAAAGGGUUGUUGAACUUUGUUCCAUUUUCUGAUGGAUUUGAUGAUGGUUUUGAUCAUUCAAAAGAUCCUGUAUUUUAUAUGUCACAACUUAGAAAAUGUGGAAGUGAAACUGUGAAAAAAAUUAUUGUCAGUUGCUUUGAAAAUGGAAGUCCUAUUACUUGCCUUCUUUACUCCAUUUUCCUUCCUUGGGCAGCAGAGGUCGCUCGCGAAGUCAACAUCCCUUCUGCUCUUCUUUGGAGUCAACCAGCUACAAUCUUAGACAUAUAUUAUUUUCACUUUCAUGGAUAUGAAGAAGAAAUGGCUAAUGAAUUCAAUGAUUCAAAUUGGUCCAUUCAACUUCCUGGCCUUCCACUAUUGAAAGCUAAAGAUCUUCCUUCAUUUUUACUUCCAUCAAGUGCAAAAGGAAGCCUUAGAGUUGCACUUCCACCUUUCAAAGAAUUGAUAGACACAUUGGAUUCUGAAAUAAGUCCAAAGAUUCUUGUGAAUACAUUUGAUGAAUUAGAGCCUAAUGCACUUAAAGCAAUUGAAGGUUACAAGUUUUAUGGCAUUGGACCAUUGAUUCCUAGUGCUUUUCUAGAUGGAAAUGACCCUUUGGAUUCUUGUUUUGGUGCUGAUCUUUUUGACAAGUCAAAUGACUAUAUGGAAUGGUUAAACACAAAGCCAAUUUCAUCUGUUGUUUAUAUAUCAUUUGGGAGUCUAAUGAAUCCGUCGAUAAGUCAAAUGGAGGAGAUAUCAAAAGGGUUGAUAGAUAUAGGAAGGCCAUUUCUAUGGGUGGUAAAAGAAGACGAAAAAAACAAGGAGAACGAGAAAAUAUUUGGUUGCAUUGAGGAGUUGGAGAAGAUAGGGAAAAUUGUGCAAUGGUGUUCACAACUCGAAGUGUUGAGACAUCCGUCUUUGGGAUGUUUUGUUUCGCACUGUGGAUGGAAUUCGGCUCUGGAGAGCUUAGCUAGUGGAGUGCCGGUCGUGGCCUUUCCUCAAUGGACAGAUCAAAUGACAAAUGCAAAGCAAAUUGAAGAUGUGUGGAAGAGUGGUGUGAGAGUGAAUGUGAAUGAAGAUGGUGUUGUUGAAAGUGAUGAAAUGAAAAGGUGCAUUGAAUUGGUAAUGGAUGGAGGAGAAAAAGGGAAAGAAAUGAGAAAGAAUGCUAAGAAAUGGAAAGAAUUGGCUAGCGAAGCUGUUAAAGAAGGUGGAUCUUCCCACAAGAAUUUAAAGGCUUUUAUUGAUGAAGUUGCCAAAGGUUAUUGACAGGCAGAAUACAUAAACAUGCCCUUUUAACUUGGCUUCGAAUCACAUCUAUGAUUUUCAACUUUGGGUUUGCACAAGUAGACACUUAAACUUAUAUAAAGUUGAACAAGUAGACACGUCCUAUGUGGCAUCCUUGGCGUCUUACGUGUAUUAUGUCACAUAGGACGUGUGUGUUUACUUGUUCAACUUUAUAAAAGUUUAAGUGCCUACUUGUGCAUACUUGGAGCUCAUAAAUGUGAUUUGAGUUCAAGUUAAAGGACAUGUUUAUGUAUUAUGCCUUAUUAAUAUGCUAUGAGGCCUCUUUUUACUUUUUGUAUCUUUGCUUACUAUGUGUGUUAAG